CCGAGUUCCAAUUAGUCUCAAACGCGAAACUUCUCGCUCAACUUUGACGCAUCAAGUCUUCCUCUUCUCUCUCUCUCUCUCUCUCUCUCUCUCUCUCUCUCUCUCUCUCUCUUAGCCAUAAGACACGCAUAUUUUAAUACCGAGUUCCCAAUAUAAAAUUAUAACACAAAACCCGAUCAGGAUUAAAGAACCCCAACAGUCUUCUCUUAUUCCUUGAUUCCCUCAUUUCACAAUCUUGGUUUACUAUAUAUUUUUUUUUUUUAUUAAUAUUUCAUUUUUGGGCAUCUGGGUAUUUCUUUAAACUCCCACUUUUCACUUGUUUAUCCAUCUUUUGAACUUCUUUGGGGCUGGUACUAUAAUGCAAGCAGCUCAAAGAGUCACUAAUGGAGCUGCAGAAACAAAUUUCCAGGCUGAUCCGAAGAAUGUGAAACCCUUAAAGGAAGAGGUUCCAGACCCUGGACCAAGCGGGAGGCGACCAGAUAUAUCGCUUCAAAUACCCCCUAGACCUGUAGGUUUCGGAUGUAGUCGAAGUGGGAAGGGUUUGCUCCAGUCUCAAGGUUCCGCAAAAGGUAGCACUUUAUCAGGAGCCAGCUUCUUACGGGGUUUAAGCUUCAAGAAGAAAGGUGUUAUACCAGAUGGUGAGAGAAGUUCUCUCCUCGAAUCAGACAACCGGAGACCUCCAGAAAGUCCCAUCAUGGCCAAUUUGAAAUCAGUGUUUGCUUGGCAAAGAUGUACUUCACUUCCUGUUAGACCAGAAACAAACUUGUCCCCUUCAGCUACCACACCUCUUUCGGCAAGGAUGUCUAAUGAACGCCCUAAACCAAUUAAAGGAGCAAUGAAGCCUACGGUUUCGAGGUCUCUGUCUGUUCCCGGGCGAAAUAUUGUCAUAGUAAGAUCUGUGUCCUUUGCUACUUGUAGUGAGCAGACCAUAACAGAUCCUAGUGAUGAUCAAAUUACUCCAGCUCCAGUGGAGGGAGAUGAUGAAGAGAUUCCUGAAGAGGAAGCGGCGUGUAGGAUUUGUCUUGACCCUUGUGAAGAAGAAAACACACUCAAAAUGGAAUGCAGCUGCAAGGGUGCCCUCCGCCUUGUGCAUGAAGCGUGUGCAGUGAAGUGGUUUAGCUUGAAGGGAAACAAGAAAUGCGAGGUGUGUCAGCAUGAGGUUCAGAAUCUACCCGUGACUUUGCUGCGGGUGCCGACCUCUGAUCAAAGGGAUAACAGGCUCGCGCACAAUCAACAUAGUCAACAUUCAGACUCAAUAAGUGCGUGGCAGGACUUAGUGGUACUCAUCUUGAUUAGCACAAUUUGCUAUUUCUUCUUCCUUGAGCAGCUUCUGAUUCAUGACAUGAAAGGUCAAGCAAUCAUAAUUGCAGCCCCAUUUGCGUUCACUCUGGGACUUUUGUCAUCCCUUUUUGCAGUUAUCUUGGCAAUGAAGGAGUAUAUUUGGACAUAUGCAGCUCUUGAAUUUGCCCUUGUGGCCAUCAUUGUCCACCUCUUAUACACCCUGCUUCAUCUUAAGGCUAUAUUUGCAGUAUUGCUAGCUUCAGCACUGGGUUUUGGGAUUGCAAUGGCACUGAACUUACUCUACAUUCAGUGUUUUCUUUGGAGAGUUCGCGUUGCCGAAAACACUAAUCCAGUUUGAUCGAAAUCCUGGCAAAGGGGAGUCCAGGAUUUUACAUAGGCUAAAUGAGUAUUGUCAUACUUGCUAAUCUCGUAUUAUUGAGAUGCAAGGCAUUAUUGAGAUGCAAGGCAAUGAGAUGAAAUUAGUCAUGUUUUUGUGAGUAACACUGCAUGUUAUGCAUCUUUUCCUUCCCCCUUUGGCUGAUAAAAGAAUUUUUUUUCUGAGGGAGGAAAAAUUUAUCAAAGUUGUAGAAAGAGGCUCCAAGUUUUACACUCAUUUAUGAGUAUGGUGUGACAACUAAUAAUUAUAAAUCAAUUUUCUUUUCAAA